ACUGAAGACAAUGAGAAACCACACUGUUGUCUCAGAGUUCAUCCUCCUCGGGCUGUCUGCUGAUCCUCAGAUCCAGGCUCUGCUUUUUGUGCUGUUCCUGGGGAUUUACCUCCUGACCAUGGUGGGGAACCUGGUGAUGCUGCUGGUGAUCAGAGCUGAUUCCCACCUGCACACGCCCAUGUACUUCUUUCUGGGACAGUUGUCCUUCCUGGAUCUCUGUCACUCUUCAGUCAUUGUGCCCAAGAUGUUGGAGAACCUCCUGUCUGAGAAGAAAACCAUCUCAGUAGAGGGCUGCCUGGCUCAGGCCUUCUUCGUGUUUGCCACUGGGGGCACUGAAUCCUGCCUACUUGUGGUGAUGGCUUAUGAUCGCUAUGUGGCCAUCAGCUCUCCCCUACUCUAUGGCCAGGUGAUGAACAGACAACUGUGUGUAGGGCUGGUAUGGGGCUCCUGGGGCCUGGGUUUUCUGGAUUCUCUCAUCAACAUCCUUGUAGCCCUCGAUUUAGACUUCUGCAAGGCUCAAAAUAUCUACCACUUCAGCUGUGAACUGCCCUCUCUCUUUCCCCUUUCUUGCUCUGAUGUGUCUGCAAGUAUUACUGCCAUGCUCUGCUCCAGUUUCUUGCAUUUCUUUGGAAAUUUUCUCCUGAUAUUUUUUUCCUAUAUUUGCAUUUUAUUUACUAUCCUGCGCAUCAGCUCCACCACGGGCAGAAACAAGGCUUUCCUCACCUGCUCCUCCCACCUCACUGCAGUGAUCUUCUUUUAUAGCUCAGGAUUACUUCGCUAUCUCAUGCCAAAUUCAGGAUCCACUCAAGAGUUAAUUUUCUCCUUGCAGUACAGCGUGAUCACUCCUAUGCUGAAUCCACUCAUCUACAGUCUGAAGAAUAAGGAAGUGAAGGCAGCUGUGAGAAGAAUGCUGAGGAAAUAUUUCUAA